AUGCUCCCCAGACCGGACGUCUUCCUCCUCGUCCUCUGCCUCUUCGGCGCCACGCAGGCGCUGUACAAGCAGUGGAUCCCCGACACCAACUACGAGAACCGCAGCAACUGGAACACGGGGGUGGUCCCGUGCGGCCGCGACCGGGUGGCGUUCCCCGCCCCGGGGAGUGUGUACGUGGAGACGGCCCACUCGGUCCAGGAGAUGAUCCUGCCCCCCGACGGCGAGCUGCUCCUCCACGCAGGGGCCGGCUUCUACGUCGGGGGGGCCGAGGAGCCGGGGUGUGGGGCGGGCGCGGAGGCCACCUUCAGGGACUCGGACGCCCUGCGGUGGUUCGACCCCGCCCUGUGGCGCGCCGCCCUGACCCCGGACGACCUGGAGACGGGGCGCCUCGGCGUCUUCUCGGUCCACGAGGAGAGCGUCCCGUGCGAGGGGGACGACGUGGUCUUCAGGGCCGCCACCUCCUUCAGGGUGGACACCUCGUCCAGCGGCGGCGUCGUCACGGUGAGGAGCGUCUCCGUCCUGGGGCAGACGUUCAGCCGCCAGGCGGACCUCGCCCGCUACCUGGGCUCCGCCUCCGGCCGCGCCCAGUUCCACGGCGGCUCGGCGCUCGCCGUGGAGCCGUCGGGCUGCGCCGACCCCGCCGGCUGCGUGUGCGACAACUCGGCCAACCGGGGCCGCAUCUGUGGGGGGGUGGCGUGCCCCCCCGCCCCGCCCUGCCGGCGGCCCCUCCGGCCGGCGGGGCACUGCUGUGACGUGUGCGGCGCCCUGCUCUCCGUCCGCUUCGCCCCCGGGUUCAGCCUGCUGUCCUACCGCCGGCGGGUGCGGCGGCUGUUCCUGGAGCGGCCCGAGUACGCCGCCGUGCGGCUCGCCAUGUCCCGGGUCCCCGGGGCCCCGCCCCUGACGGGGCUGCUGCUGGGGGGCGCGGCCGCCGACGACCGCAUCCAGGUGGUGGUCCUGGACGGGGGGGCCGGCCUGCUGGCCGAGGCGCUGGCCCGGGACCUCCUGGCCGACGUCGACGCCCACGGCGCCGAACUCGGGAUCCUAGGGGCGGAGGUCGGGGUGUCCUCCGGGAACGGCGGCGGCGCGGCGGGGGGCCUGGCGGGGGCCCUAGUCGGGGCCUUCUUUGGGGUCCUGCUUCUGGUUCUGGUCGGCGUGGGCGGGGUCGUCCUCAGGAGGAGGGGCUGGAGGCCCCCCAGCGUCGCCAUGCCGACCAUGCCUUCCAUGCCCGCCAUGCCGUGGUCCCGCCGUGCGACCGUCGACGAGGCCCUUGGGGGGCCCAUGGACGCUGGCUUUGAGAACCCCAUGUUCGACACGCCCGGACUGAUGCCCGCCGUACCGGGUAUCUAUGGGGCGGAGAUGACCCCCAUCUCCAUGACGACGCCGGGGGUGUACUUCGUCAACCCGGAUUAUGAAGAUCACGAAACCGAUAUAACUGUUUGA